AAUAGUCAUUUUAGGUACGGGACAAUAUAGGGAAGGAAGCUUCCAAAACAUUUAUUGAAUAAAAAUGACGGAAGAAUCUGCAGUUAAAGUCUGCGUGAGGGUUCGACCGUUAAUACAAAGGGAGGAAGCGAGUACGGAAAAUUCAGAGCCAGUCGCUUUGUAUUGGAAAGCGGAUAAACAAGCUAUACAUCAGAUAGACGAUGGCAGUGUUACGAAGACCUUCAGCUUUGAUAGGGUUUUCAGUGCUGAAGAAUCAACAAAUCAGCUGUACCAAGACAUUGCAAAGCCCCUUGUUGUUUCUGCUGUGGAAGGGUACAAUGGGACUAUAUUUGCCUAUGGACAAACUUCUUCCGGAAAGACCUUUACCAUGAUGGGGAGCAAUCGCAUCCCUGGGGUGAUACCACUGGCCAUGGAAGAUGUCUUCCAGACAAUUAAAAACUGUCCAAAAAAAGAGUUUCUUCUGAGGGUAUCCUAUAUGGAAAUCUACAAUGAGACCGUUACGGACUUGCUCUGUGAUAGCUGGAAGAGAAAACCACUGGAAAUCCGAGAAGGGAACUAUAAAAAUGUUUAUGUGGCUGAUCUGACUGAGGAGUUGGUGACAUCUGCUGAACAAGCCCUCUCUUGGAUCAGAAAAGGAGAAAAGAAUCGUCAUUAUGGGAAGACCAAAAUGAACCAACGGAGCAGUCGCUCGCAUACCAUUUUCCGCAUGAUUUUGGAAAGCCGUGAACGCAGUGACCCGGCUUCGGGUGAAAACGCCGAUGGCGCCAUCAUUGUGUCACAUCUGAACUUGGUUGACUUGGCUGGUGCAGAAAGGGCUAGCCAAACAGGAGCUGAGGGAGCUCGACUCAAAGAAGGAUGCAAUAUAAAUCGCAGCUUGUUCACCCUUGGGCAGGUGAUCAAGAAGUUGUCUGAUGAGAAUCAAGGGGGCUUCACAAAUUACAGGGACAGUAAACUUACCAGAAUUCUCCAAAACUCAUUGGGUGGCAAUGCUAAAACUGUCAUCAUCUGUACCAUCACUCCUGCAACGGUAGAGGAAACAAUCAGCACUCUACAGUUUGCCAGUGCUGCAAAGCGCAUGAAAAAUGAUCCCCACGUCACAGAGGUUUCGGACGACGGAGCCCUGCUUAGGAGAUACAGAAAUGAAAUUGUGGACCUGAAGCGACGUCUGCAAGAGGUUUCUUCUGUCACACAAACAACGGCGACCGAGAAGGAGGUUUUGGCCCAGCUGCUGCAAGAAAAGGAUCAGCUUCAACGGGAACAACAGGACAGGAUUAGAAACUUGACCAAAAUCAUAGUCACCUCUUCCAACUUUGUUGUCGCUGAAAAAAAGGUUCCGAAGAGAAGAGUCACGUGGGGUGGCAAGCUUUUCAGGCCCGUGCAAUCGGGCGACUUGCACAUUGGAGACGCUGAGUUUGGCCCAUCGGAACCAUUUGUCAAGAAGAGAAAAGCGGAUCUGUCGGUGUUGUUGGAACAGGAUGAUGAUAGCGCGGAGUUCGAUUCUCAAUGGGAAACGCCGGACGAUAUCCAGUUUGACAUAGAGAUGAAUCAGAGCAAUGUUACGAUACGAAGCGUAACCGACAGUGACUUCCCCUCUCCCAGCCGGCUGGGUGAACUUAGCGAGAAGGUUGCCAGCCUGGAAAUGCAGCUGCAAAUGGAGACCCAGCAGAAGCAGGAAGCUGUUGAAAUGAGCACAUCUCUGGAGAAGAGGGUGGCAGAGCUGGAGAAACAGCUGGAGGUCCAAGAACAAGAGUUGCUCAAAGAUCCACAGGAGGAGGAGCUGGGUGAACUUAGCGAGAAGGUUGCCAGUCUGGAAAUGCAGCUGCAAAUGAAGACCCAGCAGAAGCAGGAAGCUGUUGAAAUGAGCACAUCUCUGGAGAAGAGGGUGGCAGAGCUGGAGAAACAGCUGGAGGUCCAAGAACAAGAGUUACUCAAAGAUCCACAGGAGGAGUACAAGAAGGAUCUGGGAGACACCAUCCAACUUUGUGAAGCACUUGUAUCUGAAAAGGCAAAUAUUGCUGCCGAGCGUGAUCUCAUCAAGCAGGAAUUGAGCAUCUUGAAGGAUGAAAACUUGCUCUUGAGGCGAGACAAGGAUCAUCUCCUGAAGGAGAUCGAGGAGAAGCGAGAGAUGCAGGAAUUCAGUUCUCUGGAACAGGAGAGCGCCAAACAGUAUGAGAUUGAACUGCUUGCUGAAAUUUCCAGUAUAAAGAAGGUAGCAGAGAAGUCUGUUGCUUGUGUUCAAAAGCUUGAGGCUGAUAUGGCUGCCAUGUCAACUCUGCUUAAACGGAAGGAGGAGGUUAUAAAGGAGUUACAGAAUAUUAACGGCAAAGAUUUAGUCCAGGAGAAUCAGCAGUUGAGACGAUCCCUGGCUGACGCUGAGGAGUUGAGUCGUGAAACGAAGAAGGAGUGGGCCUUUCUGCGCAGUGACAAUCUCUCACUGAAGGAGAGGGAUUCGUCGAUGAGCACAGACUACGAGAAGAUGAAGAACGAGGUGACAGCCCUUUGCAGUAAACUAGAGGUGGAGAAAUCUCGCUUUAAGAAGAUGCAGGUUGAUCUACAGAAGGAGCUACAGGGGGCCUUUGAAGAGAACACCAAGUUGACCACCCUUCUUGAUGGAAAAGUCCCCAAAAAUCUUAUUGACAGUAUUGAACUGGAGAGGACAGUCACUGGUUUGAAGAAAGAGCUUGAGAUGCAUCAGGAGCAGGAGAGCUUCCUGCAGUCUAAGGUGGAGGAGCUGGAGGCUCUGAAGGACCUCCCAGUUCAAGUUGAAAGUUUAAAGAAACAGAUUUGCGACCUUACAGAAGAGCUUUGUGCUGCUCGGGCUGAGAAGGACUGCCUGCUCUCUGCUCAGACCAGCAGUGAUGCAGAAAUCGGGAGGCUAACGGCUGAAGUCCAGCAAGCCCAGGACCAGCUGGCUGAAGCGCAAGCCAAGCUAAGCGACGCAGAAAUCAGGGAGGAUCAUCUGUCCCAGCAGCAUCUCGACAUCACCCAGCAGGCCGAGGAACUAAAAGCGGAGUUGAAGAACCUCACGGAAGAAAAAUGCCAACUUCUCAACACUGUGGAAGAACUAAACAUGAAGGCUGAGAGAAGCAGAGAACAUGAGACUUCUAUUGAAGGAAAGCUGCUUGAACAACAGCUUUUGGUGAAAGACUUGGAGAACAAACUUGAGGAAACUCAAGAGUCAUCCACACAUGCAGAAGAGCACUUCAAAGAGAUUUCUAAGCAGCAUCAAGACCAGAUAACGCAGCUGAGUGAGGAGCUUCAGCUGGUGCGCAGUGAGAGAGAUGCUGUCCAGUCAGAGAGGACAAACACUGGUCAUCUUUCAGAGGAGGAACAGGAGAAACUCCCCUCACAAGUCACCUUCCUCACUGAGGAGAGAGACCAGCUCCAGGAGAUACUGGAGGGAAUGAGACAGGAGAGAAACCAGCUGAAGAGAGAACUGCAGGAGAAAGAGGAGAUGGUGGUGCAGGUCCAGGAGGAGCUGAGGCAGCAUCUGAGCUCUGGGCGUCAGGCCCUUGAAGAGACAGCCCAAGCUGAGCUUCAACAGAAGAUCCAGCAGUUGACUGAGGAACUGGAGGGAGUGAGAGAGGAGAGAACCAAGCUACAGAGUGACCUGCAGGAGAACAUGGAGACGGCCACAGAAACUAAAAAUCUGCUUCAGUCUACCCAAGAGGAGUUAAAACAACAGCAGCAAUUUAACACUGACCUCAAGAUGCAAAGCUCAGAUAUUGAGAGCCAUCUAGAACAGAUAAAGCAGCUGAGUGAGGAGCUUCAGCUGGUGUGCAGUGAGAGAGAUGCUCUCCUGUCAGAGAGGACAAACACUGGUCAUCUUUCAGAGGAGGAACAGGAGAAACUUUGCUUGCAUGUCACCUCUCUCACUGAGGAGAGAGACCAGCUCCAGGAGAUACUGGAGGGAGUGAGAGAGGAGAGGAACCAGCUGAAGAGAGAACUGCAGGAGAAAGAGGAGAUGAUGAUCGAGAAUCGAGAGGAGCUGAGGGCUGCUGAAGACUUAAUGAGAUCCCAACAGGAAAAUAUUCAACACUUGGAGACCCAGGUUGCACAGGUGGAGUCGGUGACUGCCGUGAGCAGUGUUGUGUGUGACAGGGACCAACCCAACACAGACAACCUUCAAGACCAAGCCACAGAAACCCUAAAUCUGCUUCACUCAAUCCAAGAGGAGCUGAAACAACAGCAGCAACUUAAUGUUGAGCUGAAGAAACAAAGCUCUGAAAUUGAGAGCCAACUUGAACAACAGAUAACGCAGCUGAGUGAGGAGCUUCAGCUGGUGCGCAGUGAGAGAGAUGCUCUCCAGUCAGAGAGGACAAACACUGCUCAUCUUUCAGAGGAGGAACAGGAGAAACUCCACUCACAAGUCACCUCCCUCACUGAGGAGAGAGACCAGCUCCAGGAGAUACUGGAGGGAGUGAGAGAGGACAGGAACCAGCUGAAGGUGAACCUGCAGGAGAAGGAGGAGAUGGUGGUGCAGAUCCAUGAGGAACUGAGACAGCAAAAGCAUCUGGCUUCAGAGCAUGAGGCCCUGAGAGAGAGCGAACAAGCUGAGCUUCAACAGCAGAUCCAACAGCUUAAUGAGGAGCUAGAGGGCGUGAAGGCAGACAGAAGCCAGUUGAAGUGUGACAUGCAGGAGAAUGUGGAGAUGAUGAUUGAAAAUCAAGAUGAACUGAGAGCAGCUCAAGAUAAAAUCCGAAAACAACAGGAAGUUGUUCAAGACCUGAAGACUCAGAUAUUACAGUUGAAGUCUAAGCUGGUGAAUGUGAAUGGGGCUGAAGAUAACCUAACUAACCUGGAGGACCUUCAAGAUCAAGUAAAGCAGCUGAGUGAGGAGCUUCAGCUGGUGCGCAGUGAGAGAGAUGCUCUCCUGUCUGAGAGAACGAACGCUGGUCAUGUGUCAGAGGAGGAACGAGAGAAACUUUGCUCGCACAUCACUUCCCUCACUGAGGAGAGAGACCAGCUCCAGGAGAUACUGGAGGGAGUGAGAGAGGAGAGGAACCAGCUGAAGAGAGAACUGCAGGAGAAGGAGGAGAUGAGUGUAGAGGGACAAGCAGAGCUCCUCAGUGCCCAGGAGGAGCUGAAACUGCAGCAGCAGCUGAACUCUGACCUUCAGGCCCAGAUCUCUGAGAAGGAGUCUCAGCUGGAGCAGAUAACGCAGCUGAGCGAGGAGCUUCAGCUGGUGCGCAGUGAGAGAGAUGCUCUCCAGUCAGAGAGGACAAACACUGGUCAUCUUUCAGAGGAGGAACAGGAGGAACUCCGCUCACAAGUCACCUCCCUCACUGAGGAGAGAGACCAGCUCCAGGAGAUACUGGAGGGAGUGAGAGAGGAGAGGAACCAGCUGAAGAGAGAACUGCAAGAGAAGGAGGUGAUGAGUGUAGAGGGACAAGCAGAGCUCCUCAGUGCCCAGGAGGAGCUGAAACUGCAGCAGCAGCUGAACUCUGACCUCCAGGCCCAGAUCUCUGAGAAGGAGUCUCAGCUGCAGCAGAUAACGCAGCUGAGUGAGGAGCUUCAGCUGGUGCGCAGUGAGAGAGAUGCUCUCCAGUCAGAGAGGACAAACACUGCUCAUCUUUCAGAGGAGGAACAGGAGAAACUCUGCUCACAGGUCACCUCCCUCACUGAGGAGAGAGACCAGCUCCAGGAGAUACUGGAGGGAGUGAGAGAGGAGAGGAACCAGCUGAAGAGAGACCUGCAGGAGAAAGAGGAGAGUGUAGAUGGACAAGCAGAGCUCCUCGGUGCCCAGGAGGAGCUGAAAGUACAGCAGCAGCUGAACUCUGACCUCCAGGCCCAGAUCUCUGAGAAGGAGUCUCGGCUGGAGCAGCAGGUGGCGCAGGUCCAGGAGGAGCUGAGGCAGCAGCAGCACCUGAACUCUGAGCAUCAGGCCCUGAGGGAGAGGGAGCAGGCCGAGCUUCAUCAGCAGAUCCAGCAGUUGACUGAGGAGCUGGAGGGAGUGAGAGAGGAGAGAACCAAGCUACAGAGUGACCUGCAGGAGAACACUGAGAUGGCCAAAGAAACUCAAAAUCUGCUUCACUCCAUUCAAGAGGACUUGAAACAACAGCAGGUGCUUAAUGCUGACCUCAAGACACAAAACUCAGAAAUUGAAACCCGCCUAGAACUGCAGAUAAAGCAGCUGAAUGAGGAGCUUCAGCUGGUGCGCAGUGAGAGAGAUGCUCUCCAGUCAGAGAGGACAAACACUGCUCAUCUUUCAGAGGAGGAACAGGAGAAACUCCGCUCACAAGUCACCUCCCUCUCUGAGGCGAGGGACCAACUCCAGGAGGUACUGGAGGGAGUGAGAGAGGAGAGGAGCCAGUUGAAGAGAGACCUGCUGGAGAAGGAAGAGACGCUUGCUCAGGUCCAGAAACAGUUGUUGGAGAAGGAACACCUGAAUGCGGAGCAGCAGACCUUAAGAGAAAAAGAACAAGCGGAAUUUCAGCAGCAAAUCCAGAAGCUGGCAGAGGAACUGGAGGGGGUGAGAAAGGAGUGUCAGCAGAAGGCCGAACUGGAAAAGGCUUCGCAAGAGGCGCUGUCUGAAGCAAACGCAGCCAUAGCCAGCCUGAGGGAGCAGAUCCGUGACCUUGAAGAGAAAAGCAGCCCAGCUGGGCAGGGAGGGGAGAGGCUCCGGGCCCGACUGGAGGAGUCCGAAUUGGAGCUGCAGAAAGUUCUGGAGAAGUUCCAGAAGUUUGCCGACAGCGCCGCGGGCGCUCUGAAGAGCCUGGAGCAGCCGCUGAAAGACGCCUCGCUCGUUCAGAACGAGCUGGCCUUCCAGGUCCUGGCGUCCAUCCCCAAGCCGCUCCGGGCCCUGUACGUGGAGUUCCGCAAGAGCACCGACGGCAUCAGCGACCUCCUCUGGCGGACCGCGAGGGGCAGCGCGGGCGUGGCCCAGCUGCACAGGCAGCAGCUGGAGGCCCAGGCCUCGCAGGACGCCGCCUGCUUCGAGGAGAGCCGCCUGCAGGACCUGCUGAUCCGGGCCGCCCGGGAUCCCAGCGACCUGCUCGCCGCGACCAGCGACGACUUCCGCCAGGUCUGGGACCAGCGGCUCCACGAGCUUCUGGAGAGAAGGGAGCAGAAACUGCAGGAAAUGAACCGCGUGUUGGCCGAGCUGGAGGAGGGCGUGGCCAGGAACGCAGCCACCGUUUCCGAAGAGCUUCCCGAGCAGCAGAGGACCAACGAGGAGCUGCGGGCCCUGGUCACCGCCUCGACCCUUGACCUCGCGGCUCUCGAAAGCCUGCUGGAGCGCGAACGGGCGAGACGCACCCUGGUGCUGCAGAGCAAGAAGGCCGUUUUCCUGAACCUGCAGAAUGAGUACUUCAAGAUGGGGGGCGACCUGAAGGCCUUUAAAGCCCAGGCCAGCCAGCAGCUGAAGGAGGAGAGGAGCAGGAGCCUGACGCUGCUGCAGAAACGGGAGAGCGGCCCGGCCAAGAGCGAGGCCGAGCUGCUGCAGAGCCUCCAGGAGCUCACGCUCAAGCUCCAGCAGUCGGAGAUGCUCGUCAAGGUGGUGCAGACGAGGGCGGGGGAGCUGGAGGAAGCCCAGGCCAGGGCGGAGGACAGGGUCUCCAAGCACAAGGAGGCCACGCAGCUCCUGCAGACGGAGCUCCAGGACGUCUGUGCCCAGCUGAAGGAGAGGGAGGGCGCCGUCCGGGGCCUGGAGGGGAAGCUGCGGGACAGUGAGGUUCAGGUUAAGAGAGGCAUGGCGCCCAGUGCUGUGGAGCUGGAGGAGAUGAAGAACAAGCUGAUCAAAAUGGAGCUGGAGCUAACUGCGCGCGCUUCCACACACCAAGAGGAGCUGGAGAAAAUGACGUCCAUGCUGGAUCACAAAGAGGAGGCCUUGAGGAAGCUGAAGGAGGCCCUUCGGAAAACACAGCAGCAAGGCGAUGAGUCAUUCAUGGAAGAGUCCGUCUAUGCCAAGGGAACAGCCACCAUCGGGGGGCGCACUGUCCAGAGCAGCAUAGUCAUGGAGAAAAACAGACUUGAGGAGGAAGUGAAGCAGCUGAAGAAGAAAAUUGUCCAGCUCGAGAGCCUGAUCUCCAGUCAGCAGCUGGAGAUCACCAAGUGGAAGACGAGGGCCACCAAGCUCAAGGAGAACAGGAAGGAGGGGGUGAAGGCGGAGAUGCCGCUCUCUCCGCACACGCCCACCAAGAGGCGCCGCCCGAUCACCUCCGAGGGCCACAUACUGGACUCGCCCAAGAGCAAGUUCUUCGACGCCCGUUCCGUGUCCGAGUCGGUGUCGGCCAACUGCCCCAAGCAGUUCUUCGACAACUCCACCCUCGGGAACGUUCCAGAGGUCUUAUACCCACCUACCAUGCCAGAAUUGGGGUCUCCAGAAAGUCCAGAAAUUGAUCUUAAUGCCGCAGUGGAAGACAAAAACGCAGAGUGGUGGCCCAUGUCACCCACGCAGAGCGACAACUGCAAAACGCAAUAAUCUCCUUCCCCUGUCUUUGUCCCCUUUGCACAUAUUUUUAGUGUUUUAUACAUGUUUUAUACCCGUUUAAUUGUCUUUUAAAUGUUUUAAGUCCAAUAAAGUGCGACACUGAAAAACGUUCA